GUGACUCUCUACUUAAGGCAGCCCCGGAAGGUUACGCAGGCACGCGCUGGGGGUUUUAGAGGGUCAGUCACGUCUCACUCUUUGAUGCCGAGUGGACGUUUGUCCAGGAAAACAGGAGCACGGAGCUCAUCUAGGGAAGGGGGAACAUUCGCGCGCACAGCUCACAACCUCGCACGAGUAGGACUGUUCUGUUCAUUGGAAGUCUGCAGAACCUAACAGGGCCGUGCUUACAGUUUGCAGAAAGAUUAAAUGAAGAUCUGUAUAUUUCCGUUCUUUAAACGUUCUCCUUAGUUUUGAAGAAUGGUCUAGCGAUCCCUCCCCGCUCGCGUUGGGAAAAAAUUGAGAAGCCGUGCGCUCAUCAUUUCAGGGAACAAACUCGAAACGCCACAUGAUCGUUAUUACGCACACAAAGCUUCUCUUCGUUGUCGUGUCCUGAGGCAGAAACACCACUGAAUCGAGUCGGUCUUCUUCUUCUUCUUCUUCUUCUUCUCGGAAGAAAUGUGCCAAGCGAGAGGGACAGCUUCGGUGCGCUCCUUGCUCCUCACGGCAGUGCUUCUGGGGACGGUCACCAUGUUUCCCACGGAGAAAAGGCGGAAGAGCCUCGCGCUCACAACUGGCGCCUUUCUGGAGGAACAAUCCCAGAUGCCAUCCAGACACAGCAUUGAUGACCUGGAGGCUAUACAGCAACUCAACCAGGUGAACAGUGUGCAACCUGCCCAACGUCGUCAGAAGAGGAGGUGGUCUCGGAAUCGUUCUGUAGGGGUCUUGCCCAAACCAGAACCAGAAGAGGAGAAGAAGCCCUUCAUCUUGGACUUGAAGAAUUUUCCAGACCUUGCAAAUGCAGAGCUCAACUCACAGAAUCCCAACAUUCAGGUAACCAUUGAAGUCGUUGAUAACCCACAGACAGAGAUUGAGAUCGCCCCGGCUGAGGGGGGCCGCAGUGACUGGGGUGGCUCCUCCGUGGACUGGCUGGGGGACCGGAAAUUCUUCUGGCCACUGUUUUGGAGUUACCCUGACUCUGAGGAGGAUAGCACAAGCCACCCAGACCUGGAUGGCACUACUGAGGACUACUCACCAGAGUAUGAUGGCAGUGAGGAGCUGGUGCUCAGCGGUGUCGGGGGCGAAUGGGAUAGCCGAUGGAGGAAGGAAUGGGACACCAAAGAACUCUAUGAGGAUGAGGUACAAGAGGAGUGGAGUGCGUGGACACCAUGUAGUGUUACUUGUGGCCAAGGUGACCAGAAGCGCACACGAUCAUGUGGCUUUGCCUGCACAGCAACAGAAUCCAGGACAUGUGAUCUUGAGCACUGUUCAGGAAAUGUAAAUGCCGUGACAGACCUUGUCCCCUAUGAGACAGAGAAUGGCACAGAGGUUUUUGGUGCAGAGAUGGACAGCUGUGAAAAGUGGCUUAACUGCAAGAAUGCCUUCCUGCAGAAGUACCUCCAGCAGGUGCUGACAGAGCUUCCUAGUUGUCCCUGCACUUAUCCCGCUGAGGUUGUCUAUAAUACAGUGGGCAUCUUUGACGAGCAACUGCAGAUAAUCCACCGGUGGCAAGAUGCCAGUGGGCCCAAGGAGCGUUUGGAGAUAUACAAGCCCACAGCGCAGGCCUGCUUGCGCUCCAUGCUUUCUGCCGAUAGCACCACAUUGGCUGCUCAGCACUGCUGCUAUGAUGGGCACAUGCGGCUCAUCACACGGGGCAAGGGUGCUGGUGCACCUGACCUCAUUAGCGCUGACUUCUCGCCUGAGCUCCACUUCAAGGUGGAUGUACUGCCCUGGAUCCUGUGCAAGGGAGACUGGACUCGCUUCCAUGCUGUCCGGCCACCUAACAAUGGCCUGCGCUGUGCUGAGAACCCACGUGAGGAUGUCUUUGUCAAUGAACUAGAAGAGGCCCGAGAAUAUUGAGCUGCCAGGGGUCAGAUGACUGAGUCAACGAAAUAGGUCUCUCCAGAUACUCUUGCCACAGUCCAGCAUGGAGUUAUAUUCAUCCCAUAUGCUAUGAAAUUGUCUUAAUUGUGACUGUAUUUGAAAACUGUAGCUUUGUGUUGAUGUUUCAGAGCUCUUGUGUCUGGGGCUCAAUUAUGACUAGCCCCAUCUGCCUCUGCAGUCCCUGUGCAGUUUGGUUGUUUGGAAGUGUCUAUAGUUGGUAUGGGGAAAAUGCAUUCAUUGCUUUAUAAGACACCAAGCUUGUCACUAAUGGUUAAAAAACACGAUGUGUCAGUGGCUGUGUUGCUGAUCAUGGGAACCACUUAACAUUUUCUGGCCUGUGUCCAUACUGUCUAGUGAACACAUCAUACACAUUAACAUUCACAUUUUACUGUUGGCUAGCGAUUGCUUUAUUCCAGGUAUAUACUUGGUGGCACUAGCUCUCAUGUUUUACAUACACACAUGCAUGCAGUAUCAUGCACACGUAUUCACAUGGAAUCCAUGAAACAGCAUUUAGGGAAAACAAAACAGCAUUUAAGAACAACUCUGUGACAGGCUGAAAAUUUUGGGAAAGUGAUUAAGAUAGCAGAGCCGGACAGCUCCACCCCUUCUGGAUGGUGUCUAAUCACUGCUUUCUUUGUGCAUCUGUGUGACAAUAUAUGUGUGUGUUUGUGUGCACGUUUAAAUGCUGCUAUAUAUAAAAUAAGAUCUCUCCUAUUUCAUUGUGUGAAGGAAUGGGCAUACUUUCACAGAUACAGAGCUUGUAUUUAUUUAAUUUAUUAUGGGCCUUUCUACAUUGAAUCUGAAAUUCAUAGUCAAUUAUCCUGGUAAAGUUUCUGCACCAAAAUUCUUCAUUGUUUCAUUAUGUUUCAGUAUGGGUUCUGUAUUAUAUGUCUUUUACCCAGCAUGUUAUUUGUAAAUAUAGUAUACUUUAAAGAUUGUUUUUCAAGAAACUUCAUAUUAACUGCGCUCAAGUGGGUAAGUCAAUGAAUAGAUUGUGCUUUAAUAUAGAUAUGGAGUAAGUAGAUAUUUGUAGAAUCUGUGGACAGGAUUAGAAUUUUACACACACUGUUCACUGCAUUUCCUUCAUUGUAGGAGAGGAGCGGUGGUUAGGGCAGUGCUGCAUGUGUUCCUUGAAAGCAAGAGGUUUAGACGAACUUUCCACUUUGGAGGAAAGAAAUAAACUUAGCCUCCCCCACCAUAUAACAUGUUUACAUUUACAAUUGCUCAGUUUCUCUUGUCACUAGAGAGCCCUCAUGCCUUCAAGAGCUGCCAGUAUUUCUGACCACCCGAGCACUGACCAAAUAGCAAGAUGUGUUUAUGGUUUUACUCAAGAAAUCCCCAGUAACAUAUAGGUGUCAUGCCAUGCAAACAGCUUCCUCUUUUGUCAUCACUGAUAUAUCAA